CCAGCCAAAGCACGGGGGAAAUUACCUAUCCCUAUAACAUAAUGAGAUGACACCAUUUUUGCACUCUGUGCUUCAAAAACUAACAAACCCUAGGUUGUGGUUUAUAAAUCACAGCAGUUGAUGUGAUUUAUCACAGAUGUGAAGGCAGAACGAAACCACAACCAAACUUGGUGUGUGGCAUGAGAGAGGGGAAAAUAAAGUGCCCUACACAAGGAAUGUGCACACAAUGAUUUUCCCUGUCUUUGGGUUUGACAUCAAUAGAGGAAGAAGUUAUAGAAAACCUGAUACAGAUUCCCCUGCAAUGCAUUUUAUUACUGCUUGAGGAGGUUCUGAGGGAGCUUUGCAAGCCAAUCCUGUAUACCUCUUACACCACAUGCUUCAAAACAAUAACAAGCUCCAUGGUUUAUAAGAAGUUACUUCUAUGCUCAAUGCUGUGAAAAAAUAUGUAUGUAUGUAUGCAGAAAAAUUGUCCUCUGUAUAUCUGUGACCCAAGAAUCUUCUGAAAGGCACUCUGGACGGUGAAUGUUCUCUUUUCCCAAAUUUGAAUUAGGGAGUAAAGUUUUGAUGAAUGCUCUUUCCUUGUUUUUUAUUUAUUGAUAUAUUCAACCCAGUCUAAUAAACUAGAGGAUGGUUUUACUGAAGAUAGCAUAAGGUUCACAAAAUCUGCAUGAAUAUUUUAAUAUAAAUUGGAAACGGUGAGUAUUUUGGAAAUGUUUCAAUUCUUGGGUCAAGAACAUUGAGGUUUACUUCUGCUCUGAAUAUCAAGACCGUGACUGCAGAGUUUCAGAUUUUUGCAGUAGGUAAAGGCUUUUUAAUGUGUGAUGUUUAGGAUGCGUUUAGAAACAAAACUCAAGCCCAUUUUGUUUUCCUCCUAUAAUUCAUCAUAGGAGAAUAUGCCCUGCAGAACCCAUUAGAACUUACUUCUGAAUCAAGUCUCUUUUGAUCCUAGUUCAUAAGCGUGCAGGUUGCAUUUGCCUGGCUGACAAAUCUGGAUGAUGAAUAUUUUGUCAGAGAGUUAAUUAGUCUGAAAUUUCCCUGAAUAAGCUUUAUGUUGAAUUCAUCUCCCCACUUUACCCUCAUGGCAAAAUGCUAAGGAGAUGUUAACCAGCACAAAGGUGUUGUCCUAGAGUGAACUUCCAAAAGGGACAUUUAACAGUUAGCAAGUAACCUAUUUGCCUUCAGAAGUUCUGGCUGGUCCAUCACUGGAGGCUUUUAAGAAGAGGCAGGAGACCCACUUGUGUGGCAUGGUAUAGGGUCUCCUGCUUCGGACAGGUUGAACUUAAAGACCUCCAAGGACUCUUCCUACUCUAUUCUUCUCUAUUUCUGUAUUAUCUCUGUUACUAUGGAUCCUCUUGUAGACCCAAGAAGGGAGGAUCAUUGGGAAGAAACAAGGGACUGAUGAAUUUUCUACUGUGUCUACAAUGGAGAGACACAUAAUGUGAACACUUAGCUUUCCGAAGAAGGAUCUAAUGGUUAGAAAAAUGAAAAAACAACAGAAUAGGACAAUCAGCAGUAAGGUGGAAAGACUCAGUUCCAGCAAUGAUGAACGUAUUAUUGGAAGACUUGAAGGACCAGGUUAAAGACAGAUCUUCUGUUCAGUAGGAGUUGGAAAUGAUUUGAUAAUUAAUCUAUAUUGGACAUAUUUCCAAUUUGGUAAUACAGUAUUAUUUUUUCUUUUCUUUUAUUCCCCAUCUUUCUUCCUUAUUCAACAAUUAUCCAAAAUUGUGACUGGAGCUGUCACCCUUGUUCCAGGAAGUUCUCAAAAAUUAUUCCUCUUCAAGCGAGAUUCAUCAUUUUCUACUAGUGCAGCAGGAUAAGUCUUAAACCCAGAGAAGCUGCUAAGCGGUCCAAUUAUGUUUUCUGAAUGCAGCUCCAAUGAGAAGAAUGAUAGGAUCAUCUUUUCUUCAGGACUUGAAACAUUAUCAAUUUGAAACACAAGGAAUGAACUAAAUGGAAAACAGCACCACAGUGAGGGAAUUCAUAUUGUUAGGGCUGACUAACAACCAACAAAUUGCUGUUGGCCUUUUUCUCAUCCUGCUUGGGAUUUAUUUUUUGACAUUGAUAGGAAACAUGUUGAUUAUUAUUAUCACAUUGGUGAAUGCCCAACUCUGUAGUCCAAUGUAUUUCUUCCUCCGACAUGUGGCAUGGAUGGAGAUUGGGUAUAUAAGUAGCAUCAUUCCUAAAACGCUGGCCAACAUAGCCACUGGUAACAAGAGUAUCUCUUUAGCUGGUUGCUUCGUACAGAUGUUCCUCUAUUUUGUUCUUGGCACCACUGAAUUCCUUCUACUGGCCACAAUGUCUGUUGAUCGCUACAUAGCCAUCUGUAAGCCUCUCCACUACACAACCAUCAUGAAUGAACAAAUCUGCUCAUUAUUGGUACUUUGUUGCUGGAUUGGGAGUUUGUCACUCAUUCUAGUUCCAUCUGUUCUUUUCUUUCAAAUGCCAUUUUGUGGUCCUAACAUCAUCAAUCAUUUCUUUUGUGACAAUGGAGCACUAAUCAAACUCUCAUGUGUUGAUACCAGCCUCCUAGAACUGAUUAAUUUUAUGAUUGCCAUAUUCUCUCUGCUUGGGACCUUAAGUGUCAACAUUGUAUCUUAUGUCAAAAUCAUUUCCACGAUUCUGCGCAUCCCAUCAAUUACAGGGAGGAAGAAGACAUUCUCCACCUGUGCAUCUCACAUGACUGUGGUCUCCAUCACUUACAGCAGUUGUGUUUUCAUGUACAUAAGACCCAAAGGCAGCAGCAAAUUAGAUUACAACAAAAUGAUAGCCCUUCUGAAUACUGUCCUGGCUCCACUUUUGAUCUCGUUCAUAUAUUGUUUGAGGAACAGACAAGUGCAGGAUGCAUUGAGGACUGAACUGAGACAAUGGAUUGAGUUUUGCAAGAAAUUGAAGUGAUUUGUCAUUGAUAUGACCUUGAAUCAGAUUUUAAAGUUCAACUUCUGCUUUGUUAAAUUAUGGCAUGCGCUGCUUUCAGAUGUAAUGAUCACACACUGAGGUGGUUUAUAAGAGGACGUGGUAAUCAGGAAGCAAAGCAUCUGAUAAUCCUCAACAAAAUAAAGCACAAUAUAUCAGAAACAUGCACAAAAUAUUUUGUUCUGUCUUUGGGUUUGAUAUCUACAGAGGAAACUGACAUAAAAUGCUUGAUAGAUAUUUCUUGCAAUUUGCAAUAGGUUUCUUUGAUCCUCAAGAAGUCCCUGUGGGAUCUUCACAGUUAGUUUUGAAUACAUGUUGCACCUUAUGCUUUAAAAUGGUAACUAGCUUCAUUGUUUAUAAGAGGUGGCUUCCAUGUUCAUUGCCCUGAAAAUAUAUGGAAGACAGCAAAACUGCACAGCGGGUACAUCUGAGAAUGCAGAAAGUUAUGCUUCCCAAACAUUGAAUUAAGGGGUAACAUUUUAACAGAUGCAUUUGCUUUGCCUCUGAUUUGUAAGCAAAAUCAGCACCAUGUCACAAUCUAGAAAAAUGACUAUUACUCACAGAAAAUUGCAAGACCAUAGCCUAGAGACCAUGAACAAUUUCUGAAUCUGUUUUGUGUAUAUUGUAAGUGGUGGAAAUACUGCCUGCCAAAUAUAAACUAAGGAGAGAAAAAAAUGAUAUAUAUUGUUACUUUGCCUCUGAUUUGUAACAUUAUUAAACAUAUCCUCUAUAAAA